CAGAUCAGCCCGAGCUGGGCCCCGCCCCCCGCAGGGCUCCCCGCCCCUCUGCCCCGCCACCCUCUCCGCGGGAGCGCGGAGACUGCAGACUCCGGCGCAAAAUCCUGCGGGAGAGGGGGCGGGGCAACGACUCGGGAGGCUGAGCGCCGGCCGGCAGCCUCGUUGUGGCUCCUCUGGCUCCCGCGGUGGCGGCGGCGCCGCUCGCCUCGGUGUCUCCCGCGCGCACUCCGGCCGCCUCCUAGCGGUGCGGCGCUCGCCCCUCCGCACUGACUGCAGAGUGGCUGCUACAAUCCUGUGCGCAGGCCUUUGGGGACAUUUUCCAUCUGGAAACAAUACAGUGGUCCACCUAAAAUGACGAAUGUGUGAUCUCAGUGGAAUAAAUGGCGUCCAAAGUCACAGAUGCUAUAGUCUGGUAUCAAAAGAAGAUUGGUGCAUAUGAUCAACAAAUAUGGGAAAAAUCUGUUGAACAAAGAGAAAUCAAGGGGUUAAGGAAUAAACCAAAGAAAACAGCUUAUGUGAAACCAGACCUCAUAGAUGUUGAUCUUGUAAGAGGUUCUGCAUUUGCUAAGGCAAAACCUGAAAGUCCCUGGACUUCACUGACCAGAAAGGGAAUUGUUCGAGUUGUGUUUUUUCCCUUUUUCUUCCGAUGGUGGUUACAAGUAACAUCAAAAGUCAUCUUUUUUUGGCUUUUUAUCCUUUAUCUUCUUCAAGUUGCCGCAAUAGUAUUAUUCUGUUCAGCUUCUAGCCCACAUAGCAUACCUCUGACUGAAGUGAUUGGGCCGAUAUGGCUGAUGCUACUCCUGGGAACUGUGCACUGUCAGAUUGUUUCAACCAGAACACCUAAGCCUCCUCUCACUAUGGGAGGUAAAAGAAGAAGGAAGUUAAGAAAAGCAGCCCACUUAGAAGUACAUAGAGAAGGAGAUGGUUCUAGCACCACAGAUAACACACAGGAGGGAGCAGUUCAGAGCCAUGGUCCAAGCACCUCAUACAGUGUUGGAGCUAUCUUCAGAGAUCUCUGGCAUGCUGCUUUCUUUUUAUCAGGAUCAAAAAAAGCAAAGAAUUCAAUUGAUAAAUCAACUGAAACUGACAAUGGCUAUGUAUCCCUUGAUGGGAAAAAAACUGUUAAAAGCAGUGAAAAUGGUGCACAAAGCCAUGAACCUCAGUGUGAAACUAUUCAGCCAGAAGAGACUACUUGGAGCACAGGAAUACUGAAGAACAUUUCCAGCAAAGAUAUUCAAAGGACAACAACAAAUGUCUCUGAUGAAGUCUCCAGUGAAGAAGGUCCUGAAACAGGCUACCCAUUACGCCGUCAUGUGGAUAGGACUUCUGAGAGCAUUCUUCGGAAUCGAAAGACACACCAUUAUAAGAAACAUUACCAUAGUGAGGAUGUCCCUAAAUCGGGUACUAGUUGCAGCUCUCGCUGUUCAAGUUCCAGACAGGAUUCUGAGAGCACAAGGCCAGAGUCUGAAACAGAAGAUGUAUUAUGGGAAGACUUGUUACAUUGUGCAGAAUGCCGUUCAUCUUGUACCAGUGAGACAGAUGUGGAAAAUCCUCAAAUUAAUCCAUGUGUGAAAAAAGAAUAUAGAGACGACCCUUUUCAUCAGAGUCAUUUACCCUGGCUUCAUAGCUCCCACCCAGGAUUAGAAAAAAUCAGUGCUAUAGUAUGGGAAGGAAAUGACUGUAAGAAAGCAGACAUGUCUGUACUUGAGAUCAGCGGGAUGAUAAUGAACAGAGUGAACAGCCAUAUACCAGGAAUAGGAUACCAGAUAUUUGGAAAUGCAAUUUCUCUAAUUCUGGGUUUAACUCCAUUUGUUUUCCGACUCUCCCAAGCUACAGACUUGGAACAACUUACAACACAUUCUGCUUCAGAACUUUGUAUGAUUGCAUUUGGUUCUAAUGAAGAUGUUAUAGUUCUUUCUAUGGUCAUAAUAAGUUUUGUGGUUCGUGUAUCUCUUGUGUGGAUUUUCUUCUUUUUGCUCUGUGUAGCUGAACGAACUUAUAAACAGCGAUUACUUUUUGCAAAACUGUUUGGACACCUAACAUCAGCGAGGAGAGCUCGAAAAUCAGAAGUUCCUCAUUUCCGGCUGAAGAAAGUUCAAAAUAUAAAAAUGUGGCUAUCUCUUCGUUCCUAUCUUAAGCGUCGAGGUCCUCAACGAUCAGUCGAUGUAAUAGUUUCAUCUGCGUUCUUGUUGACUAUCUCAGUUGUGUUUAUCUGUUGUGCCCAGUUACUUCAUGUGCAUGAGAUCUUCCUUGAUUGUCACUACAAUUGGGAACUAGUCAUCUGGUGCAUAUCCUUAACACUGUUUCUCCUAAGAUUUGUUACACUUGGAUCAGAAACAAGUAAAAAAUACAGCAAUACCUCAAUAUUACUUACUGAACAGAUAAACCUCUACUUGAAAAUGGAGAAGAAACCUAACAAAAAAGAGGAACUGACACUAGUGAAUAAUGUUUUAAAACUGGCUACUAAGUUGCUAAAGGAAUUGGACAGUCCUUUUAGAUUAUAUGGGCUCACAAUGAAUCCACUGCUUUACAAUAUCACCCAAGUUGUUAUUCUGUCAGCUGUUUCUGGUGUUAUUAGUGACUUGCUUGGGUUUAAUUUAAAGCUGUGGAAAAUUAAAUCAUGACAAUUCAGAGAAAAGAAGAUGUAGCCUCUUUUCCAGAAUAAGAGUACCAACUAAGCAGCCUGAACUCAGUCACAGAUGCUUUGCUUCAGGAGUCUCAGCUGGGAAAUUGAAGUGUUUACAUCAGACUGUCUUGUGCAAUUCUUAUAUUUAUUUUACUUGCUCACUUUUUUUUACUUUUAUUUUAUUCUUUAUGUUUUAUUUUUCAGCAUUGAUGUUAUUAGUUUGUUGAGAGGGUGAUAAACUGAUACUCAAAUACUUGAGAUCCUGGUAAUUGCUCAUAAAUGGACAAAACAACAAUUCGGAAGCCAUUGCUAAGUACUGUUUCUCCUUCAAUACCGUGAACUUGCCUUACUUGAAGAAAACUUUUUAAACUUCGAAAUAUUGCAUUGGACUCAGCUAAACACAUAUAGCAUUUUCUUCAGUAAAUCAAGAUCCAGUCAGGGUUUCUCUUGAAUUAUUUUUGGAACAAUGCCAGGAUCUAAACUGAUUAAGCUGCAGUUUAAACACCCGUUAGUAUUAAUAUAGAGAGUAUUACAUAACAGGUCAACAAGUGCUCUUUGAUGAUAAAACUCUUAUUAGAGCAAUAAUUGUAAAUGGUUAUUAUACUGUAAGAUAUUUUGAUAAAAAUUAACUAGUAAUAAUUGUAUUUAUUUGAAACACUGGGCUGUUUGCACAGCUCCAACUGUGCAUGCUCAAAAUGUGCACUUUUUAAAAAUUGUUACUUUUAAUGCGUGUCUUUAUAUGGGGUAUGUUAUAGUGUACUAGGGCAUGAUAUGGUAUCCUUUUGAGUGAGGUAUGUACUCAUCUCACAAGUGAAGUGCCUAUUGAUUACUAAAAUACUUUUGUUUACUCAAGUGAAAUAAUUUUCUCCCCAUGGUACACUAUAGUGUGUGCUGUUCUAGCCACACUCAAAUGAAUAACUUUCAGAAUAAGGUUAUGAACCAGUAAAAUAUCUUUGAUUGCUAGUUGUAAAAACACUUCUAAUUUUUCAGAAAAAAAAAACAGCUUUAGCUAGUAAAAUAUGUCCUCUAAAUUUAAUCUGGUACCCCUCUCCCAAUUAUAUAAGGGCUAUUUUAGAUGCUUUUAACCUGUAAAUCUACCACCUCUCCUCUCCUUGGCUCUCCCAGAUAAUUUGCCAAGUGUCUAAAUAAGAACUUAUCAUGUUGGCAUGUUAGGUAAGUUGGGCAAAUAUGAUGGUAUCUUACAUUGAGCCUUGAUUUUAAGUUGCUAUAUUUGUACAAUCAAGAAUGUUAGGAAAUGUUUUUUGCAUUUUUUAAAAAGUGACAUCUAGUUUCUGAAAUAAAGAAUUUAUUUGAUACAGUGUAGAAUUUUCUUGGUGCAAGGUGUAUCAUGUUGAAUAUCCUCACAUUUUCACCAUGUUUUAGGGAAUUUAAAAUCAUCAAUUGUAAAUGACAUAUUUUAUUGGUGCAGUUUCAAUCCUCAGUUCGUAAUCUUAAUAUCAGGAAUGUGUAGAGAACAAAGCCAUGUCAUAUUAUCACUUUGCUCUUAGCAUUCCUUCUGGUCAGCCUCAUUGUAUAUUGUAUUUUCUUUCUGUAGGAAAAAAAAAAGCAUUUAAUUUGCCUAUAUUCUGAUGUGUUUAAUAAUGACCAAAGUGCAUUCUGAGUUUUUCAAGGAAUGUAUUACUGGAGCUUUAAGAACAUACUUAUUUUCUCAUGUGAAAAAUUAGGCUGUGUCUGAUAUGUUUCUUCUAUUGUCUAAUGUUGAGGUUGUUUUUAGGAAUUAUAUUUUAUAAACUUUUUCAAAAUAAGGUACAUACCUAUACAGAACUUAACAUUUUGCACAGAAUAUAUCAAAUAUAUUUUGAGAAAAAGUACAGCAUGAGUUCUUUUAGGAAUAAAAUAUGAAACUAUUGUAUCUCACCAAAAAAAAACUUAUUUCAAAAGUGAAAAUAUUUUUGAGAAAAAUAGCUGAGUAUACAGAUGUAGAAUAAUGCUUGUUUUGGGUUGAAGUUCAUUUAAAUGUAGAGUUGGAGGUUGAUUUAUUAAGGACAGUAUACCUCUCAAUGACUUAGUAAUAAUGGCAUAUUGAAUUUUGUCACUAAUGUGGAUAGAAGUAGAAUACUAAAAGGAAGAAGUUGUCAUUUUAAGCAUAUUUAGAACAGUAAUGUAACUGUUUUCAAAGCAGAACAACUGACAUUACUGCCUUUAAGAAUACAAUGAAUGUAAGAAACGUUAACAUGUCAUAUAAUAAAGGCAGUUCAGCAAAUGUUGUGUGUUAACUGUUUUGUUUUUUUGUCACAUGUAUUGUAUUAGAAAGUUUGAACAGCAAGUUUAAAUAAAACAUUCUAUGACUGACAAUGUUAAA